CUGGGAUCACUGAGUGCUAUGCGUCUUUUCGAGGCUGAGCAAAUUUCACUCACUAUUUGAAUCGAAAAUCUUGGUUCGGAUCUACAAGUACUUGUAACAAUACUGUAUGCUAGCCCUGAUCGAUUCCUCCUUCUUGACUUUGAGGACGAAGCUGAGAUACGAUUAGUAUUCCUUUGGUUUGGCUGUUUGAAAGAUGGUGGAAGAAGUCAGCGACACAGCACCCCUGAGUGCACCUGGGCCACUGCAGAUUAUAGUUGCCAAAGAGGACCAUUCCUUUGAGCUCAACGAGGAGGCUCUGGGCCAAAUCCUGCUUCGCGAUGACGUCAGGAACAAGAAGGUCGUGGUGGUGUCAGUGGCUGGCGCUUUUCGCAAGGGGAAGUCAUUCCUUUUGGACUUCUUCCUUCGCUACAUGAACUUUAGUCCAACUGGUGAUGUGUCUGGAACAGAAUGGAUGGGCAGUGAUGAUGCACACUUGGAAGGCUUUCAUUGGCGUGGUGGCACCGACCGAGACACAAUGGGAGUCUUGAUGUGGAGCGAGCCUUUUUUCAGGACUCUGCCAACUGGCGAAGAGGUGGUCGUACUGAUAGUGGACACGCAGGGUGCAUUUGACAACCAGUCUACCGUCAAGGACUGCGCCACUGUGUUCGCCAUGAGCACCAUGGUCAGCAGCGUGCAGGUCUACAACUUGUCGCAGAUGAUCCACGAGAACGAUCUGCAGCAUCUGCAGCUGUUUACAGAGUAUGGUCGUCUUGCCAUGGAAGAAGGAGAUAGCACUCCAUUCCAGGGCCUUCACUUUCUGCUUCGUGACUGGAGCUAUGGGUAUGAAUAUGAGAACGGCCGGGAAGGAGGAGAAAAAUACCUAGCAACAACCCUGGAGAUCAAAGACACCCAGCACGAGCAGCUACGAAGUGUGCGCGAGCACAUACGUGCCUGCUUCGAGGAAGUCUCGUGCUUCCUUAUGCCACAUCCAGGUCUCAAGGUGGCCACACAGCGUGAUUUCAAAGGAUGCUUGUCCGAUAUCGAUGAGGAGUUCAAAGUCCAGCUAAAUAGUCUUGUUCCUCAGCUACUGGCACCAGAGAACCUUGUCAUAAAGAAAAUCAAUGGCUCCAAAGUUACAGGCAGUGGACUCCUGGAGUACUUCCGGGCCUACAUGAAAAUCUACAACGGUGAAGAUCUUCCCGAGCCCAAAUCCAUGCUGGAGGCAACGGCGGAGGCGAAUAACAUGACAGCUGUGAACACCGCGAUGGAAAUGUACCGCAAUGGCAUGAAAGAGAUCUGUGGUCCCGAGAAGCCCUUCAUGGCACCUACCGACCUGGAAGAAGCACACGACCAACAACGCGAGAAGGCUUUGAAUGUGUUCCGCACCACCAAGAAGAUGGGCUCGAAGAAGUUCACCGACGAGUACGAGGAGAAGCUGAGCGUGCAGAUUGAGGAGGCCUACACACAGUUUGUUGCCGGCAACAAUAACAAGAACGUGUUCAAUGCGGCGCGCACGCCGGCCACUCUUGUCGUUUUGCUGAUCGUCACGCAUCUUAUGGGCUACAUCUUUGAGACAUUCUACCUGUUCCAGCUGGACCAGUUCGUCGACUACAUCUGGUGGAUCAGUGCGAUCAUGAUCAUUGCCUGGUCGUACGUGCGCUACUCUGGCCAAUACCGCGACAUCGGUGCCUGGGUGGAUGGCUUUGCGCUGCUCGUCUGGGAGCAAUUCCUCUGUGAGAUCUAUGCAGCAGUGGCACAGCGCAUCUUCGGUGCUCAGCUGCCCUGGGUGCAAGCUUUGAUCAAGAAGAAGGACCAGUAGGCUACUGGCCAGCAUGACUGUUCCUGGCCAGGCAGCCAGCCUCGUCCUUUCCUUGAGAAUGCUUGUCUUUUUAACCCCUUUUUAUACUUUUACGAUCAUCACGAACUUGGAGGUGCUACGCUGCGCUAUAUCUAUUGCUGUCUGCAGACUCUCUGUGCGUCUCUGCAUCUUCUCACUGCUUAAUCGCCUCUUUGCACUUGCGAACAAAAGGGCCCUUUUUCUGCAAAUUCUCGCUCUCUUCCAGUUUCUAGUUUUCUUGUACAUUCUUCAUGUUGCUAACAGGUUACUGCGACCGCGUCCACGAGAUCUUUCUGUACAUGAUAUGGUGUGAACGUUUGUUACCUUUCUUGUCCUGUGCCUGUGCAUGCGCGUGUAUUUCUGCCAGCUGAUGUGCACACAGCCUGUGCAGUCUAUCCAGAAUCCUCAGUUCUGAUGUGCACACAGCCUGUGCAGUCUAUCCAGAAUCCUCAGUUGCCGCCGCAGCCAUGCACACUGUGUGCUGAGCCGUGUUUUCGUACAGUUGCUGGUGUUGAUUAUUAUUCACCGUGUUUGUUCUCGCUGCAGUCUGUCCUGCUGCAGCUGUGCAUUGCUGGAAAAAGAUCUUGAACGGAAGUUUCUCACUACAUUAGCUCACGGAGACAUUCAAUCUAGCGUUCUAUUCAAUCGACUAUUUUUGUUGUAACGUUUUCUAUUGAGUUGGUGCAUAUGUGCACAUCAAUAAAUGCAGCAUCUCCACAA